UGAUUGGUUUCAGUGUAUGCAGCAGGAGCAAAGCAGUGUGAAUGAACUGAACAAGCAGAAAAUGGAAUUCCCACGCAUUUUGUGUUCCAUUUACCUGGUGGUGGGUUUGAUGCUGUGGCAAGGAAAUGCAGAACCAGUUGAAGAUAAGCGAGCUUUGUUGGAUUUUGUGAACAAGUUCCCUCCUUCUCGUGCUCUGAAUUGGAAUAAGAGUUCUUCCCUUUGUACCACUUGGAUUGGAGUGACUUGUAACGAAGAUAAGUCCCAAGUUAUAGCCAUUCGAUUGCCAGGGUUUGGAUUUCAUGGCACCAUUCCUCCCAAUACAAUAAGCCGCAUCACAUCACUCCAAAUAUUGAGCCUCAGAUCCAACUAUAUAAGUGGCCAUUUUCCUUCUGAUUUUUCUAAUCUCAAGAACCUUUCUUUGCUUUAUCUUCAAUUCAACAAUUUCACAGGUCCUUUGCCUGACUUCUCUGCUUGGAAAAAUCUCUCUGUUGUCAAUUUGUCCAAUAACCUUUUCAAUGGCACCAUUCCCCUCUCGCUUUCCAAUUUGACUGAGCUUGCUGUUUUGAAUCUUGAAAACAACUUGCUUUCUGGUGAAAUCCCUGAUCUCAAGUCGCCUAUGUUGCAGCAACUGAAUUUGUCUAACAACAGUUUGCACGGUGGUGUUCCUAUCUCCCUCCAGAGGUUUCCUACGUCAGCAUUCGUUGGAAACAAUGUUUCUCUUGGAAGCUCUCCUACCAUUUUCCCUCUAACUAUUCCCUCUUCCCAACCAUGUUGUUCUAAAUCUAACAAACGUAAUAGAAGGCUUGUGUUGGGAGUUAUUGUUGCUGGUGCUGUUCUAGGCCUUGCAGCAUUCCUUGUUUUUAUCUUUGUAUGCUGCUCAAGAAGGAAGGAUGGAGAUGCCUUAGCUGGGAAGUUGCAGAAGGGAGAAAUGUCUCCGGAGAAAGUAGUCUCAAGGAACCAGGAUGCAAAUAAUAACCUUGUUUUCUUUGAGGGAUGUAAUUAUGCCUUUGACUUGGAGGAUUUGUUAAGGGCUUCUGCUGAGGUACUUGGUAAGGGAACAUUUGGUGCUGCUUACAAGGUCAUACUAGAGGAUGCAACCACAGUUGUUGUCAAGAGGUUAAAGGAGGUAGCUGUUGGAAAGAAGGAUUUUGAGCAACACAUGGAUAUGGUUGGAAGUCUUAAACAUGAGAAUGUGGUUGAGCUCAAGGCAUAUUACUAUUCCAAAGAUGAGAAAUUGAUGGUAUAUGAUUACUACAGUCAGGGGAGUGUCUCUGCUUUGUUGCAUGGUAAAAGAGGAGAGGAUAGGGUGGCUUUAGAUUGGGAUACUAGAAUCAAAAUAGCUUUAGGAGCUGCACGAGGCCUUGCUCAUAUCCAUUCAGAGAAUGGUGGGAAACUUGUACAUGGCAAUAUCAGAUCCUCAAAUAUGUUUGUCAAUACUAAACAGUAUGGUUGUGUAUCUGAUCUUGGCCUAGCAAACAUAAUGAACUCAGUUGCCCUACCCAUCUCACGAGGUGGUGCUGGUUACCGAGCACCAGAAGUUACAGACACACGGAAAGCAGCACAGCCUUCAGAUGUUUACAGCUUUGGUGUGGUGUUACUUGAGCUUCUGACUGGGAAAUCCCCUCUCCACCCAACUGGUGGCGAUGAUGAUAUUGUUCACCUAGUUAGGUGGGUUCAUUCAGUAGUGAGAGAGGAGUGGACAGCUGAAGUAUUUGACUUGGAACUUAUGAGAUAUCCUAAUAUAGAGGAAGAGAUGGUGGAGAUGUUGCAGAUAGCCAUGUCAUGUGUAGUAAGGAUGCCUGAUCAGAGACCUAAGAUGUCUCAAGUCAUAAAGAUGAUAGAAAAUGUCAAGCAGAUUGAUAUAGAGAAUCAGCCAUGA